AUGGGUGAUAAAUAUGAACUAAUUGACCAAAAUGAUCCUAACCAGUUGAUACCAGCAGCACCAAAUGCUCCACCAGGAUCACCAUCUGCUGAUACAACACCAUUACCAGAUCCAGAAGCUGAACUAUUAAAGAGUGCUGCUACCGAUCUUUAUACCAAAAAAAUGGAAUCUGGAAAUAAAAAACCAAAAGAGAUGACAAAAAAAUUAAUUAUAGUAUAUGUUGGUGCUAUAAUGUUAAAUAUUAUUGUAUUUUGUAUUGGUAUAGCUAUUGGCUACUAUGCUUUAUAA